AUGCAUGCCAGAAACCCCCAUUCUCCUUUUCAAAGACAACAUAUGAUGGAUUGCGAUCUCUCAGCCCAGCAGGACACGGGGACCAUGCAAGCUGUAAUUGGUCAGGAUCCAAUGAUAGCUGGACAAGUCAGUAAGCCCUUGCUGUCAGUGCGGAGUGAAAUGAACACGGAGUUGAGAGGUGAGGACAAGGCUGCUACUUCAGACAGCGAGCUGAAUGAGCCCCUGCUUGCGCCUGUGGAAUCUAAUGACAGUGAGGACACUCCCAGCAAGCUCUUCGGGGCCAGAGGAAACCCAGCACUAUCAGACCCAGGCACUCCUGACCAACACCAAGGCAGUCAGACCCACCUCCCUUUCCCGGUUGGGCCACAGCCACUUCUGACAGCACAACAGUUAGCCUCUGCUGUCGCUGGCGUGAUGCCGGGAGGCACGCCAGCCCUCAACCAGCCUAUCCUCAUCCCCUUCAACAUGGCCGGACAGCUAGGAGGACAACAAGGACUGGUCCUCACACUGCCUACCGCGAAUCUCACCAACAUCCAAGGGCUGGUAGCAGCAGCUGCGGCCGGAGGCAUUAUGACUCUGCCAUUGCAAAAUCUACAAGCUACCUCAUCCCUGAACUCCCAGCUCCAGCAGCUCCAGCAGCUCCAGCAGCUCCAGCCGCCGCCGCCGCCGCCGCCCGCCGGCCAGCACCCGCCGCCCGGCCCGCAGGCGCCCCCGCAGCCCCCGCAGCCGCAGCCCCAGCCCGCCCCGCCCCAGCAGCCGCCUCCCGCCUCCCAGCAGCCGCCGGCUCCGCCAGCUCAGCCCCAGCAGCAGCCUCAGCCCCACCCCCACCCCCCGAGCCAGAACCAACCGUCUCCGACUCAGCAGAGCGCGAGCCCCCCUCAGAAAGCCAGCCAGUCUCCGGGACAUGGCCUUCCGUCGCCGCUCACGCCACCCAAUCCUCUGCAGCUGGUUAAUAAUCCACUAACAAGUCAGGCUGCAGCGGCUGCAGCCGCCAUGGGCUCCAUAGCAAGCUCACAGGCCUUUGGCAAUGCCCUCUCCAGCCUUCAGGGGGUCACGGGUCAACUAGUUACUAAUGCACAAGGACAGAUUAUUGGGACCAUACCUCUGAUGCCGAAUCCGGGGCCAUCGAGCCAAGCAGCGAGUGGCACUCAAGGCCUGCAAGUGCAGCCCAUCACCCCCCAGCUCCUGACCAACGCCCAGGGCCAGAUCAUUGCCACGGUCAUCGGGAACCAGAUCCUGCCAGUGAUCAACACCCAGGGCAUCACGCUCUCACCCAUCAAGCCCGGCCAGCAGCUCCACCAACCCUCCCAGACGUCAGUGGGUCAAGCAGCCUCCCAAAGCAGCCUUCUGCACCUGGCUCACAGCCAAGCAUCCAUGUCUCAAAGCCCAGUCCGGCAGGCUUCCUCUUCUUCCUCCUCAUCCUCCUCUUCUUCAGCUUUGAGCGUGGGCCAGUUAGUCAGCAAUCCUCAAACGGCAGCGGGUGAGGUGGAUGGGGUUAAUCUGGAGGAGAUCCGAGAAUUUGCCAAAGCUUUUAAAAUCCGGCGCCUGUCCCUUGGCCUGACCCAGACUCAGGUGGGACAGGCUCUCAGUGCUACAGAGGGCCCCGCGUACAGCCAGUCGGCCAUCUGCAGACACACCAUCCUGAGAAGCCACUUUUUCCUACCACAGGAAGCCCAAGAGAACACUAUAGCUAGCAGUCUGACAGCCAAACUGAACCCUGGCCUUUUGUAUCCUGCCAGGUUUGAAAAGCUGGACAUCACCCCUAAAAGUGCCCAGAAGAUCAAGCCGGUGCUUGAGCGGUGGAUGGCUGAGGCUGAGGCCCGCCAUCGAGCAGGUAUGCAGAACCUGACCGAGUUUAUCGGGAGCGAACCGUCCAAAAAGCGCAAGCGGCGCACCUCCUUCACACCCCAGGCCCUUGAGAUCCUCAAUGCCCACUUUGAGAAGAACACACACCCCUCUGGGCAGGAAAUGACCGAAAUUGCCGAGAAGCUGAACUAUGACCGGGAGGUAGUUAGAGUUUGGUUCUGCAAUAAGAGGCAAGCCCUGAAGAACACAAUUAAACGCUUAAAACAGCACGAGCCGGCCACGGCCGUCCCUCUGGAGCCCUUAACAGACUCUCUGGAAGAAAACUCCUAAAGAGACGCCCGCCCAGAAUCAGAAGCAAAACCCACAGAAACGAAACUCCACCCUUUGGACUCCACAGACCAUAAUUGAGAAUAAUAAUUAAUAAUAAUAACAAUAAAUUGAAAAUAAAAUUGAAAACUAGCUCCAGUCAUCACCC